AUUUGCUCAUUGCCGUGACCUAAUCACAUUACUUUUCAAUUCAAAUGAGGUUGUGUUUUCGGUUCAUGAUGUCUCAAACAGUGAAAACCUUUGAUUACAUUGCAAUCGGUGGUGGAUCUGGAGGUCUCGCUAGUGCGAGAAGAGCUGCUUCGCUCGGAGCAAAAGUUGCUGUGAUCGAACAUGGAAGACUCGGUGGAACUUGUGUCAAUGUUGGCUGUGUCCCUAAGAAGGUUAUGUUUAAUACAGCUGUCCAUGCAGAAUACAUUCAUGAUCAUGCUGAUUAUGGCUUUGACGUUACUCUAAAUAACUUCUCAUGGGCGACUGUUAAGAAGUCCAGAGAUGCUUACGUCAAGAGACUGAAUGGUAUUUAUGAGAACAACUUGAAAAAGGAUGAUGUGGAGUAUAUUCCUGGUCAUGCUGUGUUCACUCCAGAGGGCAAUGUUAAAGUUGGAGAUGCUGUUUACAGCAGUAAACACAUUUUAAUUGCAAUUGGAGGGCGGCCAACUGUACCAGCAUUUCCAGGUUGUGAGUAUGGUAUCACCAGUGAUGGCUUCUUUGAUUUAGAGGAUCUACCAAAGAAAGUUGCUGUAGUCGGAGCAGGGUAUAUCGCCAUUGAGUUAGCAGGAAUACUCAAUGCUCUUGGGUCCAAAGUUUCGUCUCUCAUAAGAUAUGACAGGGUUCUGCGAACAUUUGACUCCAUGCUUAGCGAAGGGGCUACAAAUGAAAUGGUGAAAGCUGGAAUUGACUUGCAAACUCACACUUCAAUUCAGGAGAUCACAAAAGACAGUGAAACUGGUCUGAUGACCAUUCACAUUUUGAAAAACAAGCAAGAUAAGGUGGCUCUGUCCGGGUUUGACUGCGUCUUACUGGCAAUUGGGAGAGUUCCAAACACAGACUCCCUUGGAAUAGAUGGUCUGGGAGUAGAUGUCGACAGCAAGGGACAUAUAAUAGUUGAUGAGUUCCAAAACACUUCCCGGCCAGGUGUAUACGCCUUAGGAGAUGUUUGCGGGAAAGCACUUCUCACGCCAGUGGCAAUUGCAGCUGGGCGAAGACUCGCCCACAGACUGUUCGAUGGCCAGUCGAAUUUGAAGCUGGAUUACAGCAACAUACCCACAGUGGUUUUCAGUCAUCCACCAAUUGGAACCGUGGGCUUAACUCAGGAGGAGGCAGAACAGAAAUAUGGAAAAGAUAAAAUAAAAGUUUACAAGUCUACGUUCAGCAACAUGUAUCAUGCGCUUACUCAUCGAAAGACCAGCACAAUGAUGAAACUUGUUUGUCUUCUGCCUGAAGAAAAGAUCCUUGGACUUCACAUUCUUGGGAUUGGCUGCGAUGAGAUGCUACAAGGUUUUUCCGUUGCUGUCAAGAUGGGGGCAACUAAAAAAGAUUUCGACGAAACUGUGGCGAUCCAUCCGACAGCGUCCGAAGAGUUGGUCACAAUGCGUUGAUUACAAUAAUUAGGGUGCUUACCAUUUGUCAGAACUGACUGAUUAGACUGAUCAGAUUAAAAGAGCGUGUUCCAAGCGUUUGGUUAGUAAAGCGAAGCGCGAUAACAGCGGAGGAGUGAAAAAAAAAAACAAAAAAACAGGGAGGCUUGGGUCGAGUCGCCACCCGACCCAAACCUCCUGCAUCGCGCUGUUUACUAUUCGCUCUUUUUACCAACUGAACGCCUGGAUCAGGCCAGUUUCACAAAAUGAAUAAAAGGAAAGCGGCCUUUCGAAAGAGACUUUUCCUAAAGUUUGAAAAUAAAAAUCCAUCGGAAUAGUGGUUGUAGUUUAGUGAUUACGUCAUCUGAUAGGAAAGUUCUGACUUAUUACUGAAUACAUGUACCAUUUAUGACUGAACCAAUCUGAUUAGCCAGAUCUGACCAAUUGUUUGUGCCUUUAAUUUCUUCACUUUCGUCGUCAUUAUCAUUUUCAUCAUCAUCAUCAUCAUCAUCAUCAUUAUUAUAUGUCCAUGACAACGCGUGCCUAUGCACAAUCUCUGACGUUUCUUAUAAGGAAACGGUCCCCGUACUUAUUUUAUCAAAUAGAUUUCAUGUUGCCGUGUGUCUGUGCAAUAACAGAUCACAGGAGACGUUAAAAUGGGGUUUGAACAAAACGUGGCACACGGGGCGAAGCCAAGUGUGUCACUGAUGUGAUCUACCACAGAACAUACGCACAGCAACAUGGAAUCUAUUUGUUUUAUAUAAUAAAGAAGCAAAACUGAAGUUAUUAAUGGUAACGUCAUCUAGGCGUCUGCCCUCCAACAGAUGAGAACCAAGAACUAAUCAAAAUCCGUGUAGAAUUCAAUUUAUUAUAGAAUUGCGAGCUGUGCAUUGGCCUGCCUGUAAUAUCUUAAUCAAAAUAUUCUUUCAUGAUUGUAAUAUCGCAACAAUAUCCGUCAUAAUGAUAUUCCUUUUUCAGGAAAAACAUUAGGGCAUAAAGAGAACUUUUUCAACUAGGACAGAACCUAAUGCUUAGAAUAUAAUGUAACGCUUAGGUUAUCAAUAAAAUUGAAAGUGAAGACCAAAAA